CUGACAUCAUAUUGCAGGCGCGACGACGGGUAGACGCGACCAGCAUUGCGACCAGCACUUGAGAAGUGCAAGUCUCACGCUCAAGUGAAAUGAGCGUCGCCAAGUAUACAUACGAGUGGCUCAUCAAGCGUUCCGCUGAGCUCCCUGACGCUGUCGAGACACCCGACUUCGUGCUGGGCUUCUAUACCUGGAGGCUGCGGCUGCAUCUGCGCCAGUCGAUCAACCUUCGAAAGCACGUGCCCCUGUACCUGCACCAUGUGCCAGUACGGGGAGGCGUGGACGCGCCGCCGCCCCUGAAGUACACUUUUGUAGUGAAGAACUGGAAGGACCCAUCCAAGGACCAUGUGACUGAGGGCAAGCCCGGUACGGUCUUCAACCUCAAAAACGCAAAAUGGGGCAAAGAGCUGAUCUUGCGGGACCAGCUGAUGUCCAUUGACACGGGGUUCCUGCGCUGUGACGGCUCCCUGCUGCUGCGGCUGGAGCUUCAAAUGCCGGAGAAGAAACAAUGGAGCGAUGACGAUGACGACUCGAAAUAUGACUCGGAUGAGGAGGAGGCCUACCCUGCGGUCCUCAAGGAGGGCUCGGGCGGCGGCAGCAGCAUCGGCAGCGAUUUCCUCUCGCUGCUGGCCGAUCCCGGCCCCACCACUGACCUCACCAUCACCGCGACAGCAGCGGUCGCGGGCGGUGUUACGGGGGCCGGGAAAGAGGGGGGAAGUAAGAAGCGAAAAGCCGACACCGCCAGCAGCAACGGCGGCAGCACUGGCGCAAGCAGCAGCCGCUUCCCCGUGCACCGCGCCAUCCUGGCCGCGCGCUGCCCCUACUUCGCCACGCACUUCGCCAGCGGGCUCGGCGACAGCAACACGCGCGAGCUGCACAUGCCGGACACCGACCCGGACGCGCUGGCGGCACUGCUGCGCUUCGUGUACGGCGGGGAGCUUCGUGUGGCUUCCCGGGAGCAGGCGUCGCGCUGCCUAGCGCUGGCGGACCGGCUGCUGCUGCCCAAGGCGGCAGGGCUGCUGCGAGCGCACCUGCUGGCCACCCUGUCUCCGGCUACCGUCAUGGCGGACCUGACGUGGGCGGCGGGUCUGGCGGAGGGCCAGGGGCAGGCGGAGUUGCUGACGGGGCUUGUGGACUACGCCGCAGAGCAGGAGGCGGACAUUGCAGAGGAGCAGGUGGAGCAGCUGGCGGCGGCACAGCCCGCGCUCAUGGCGAAGCUCUUUACGGCGCGGGUGCAGGCUGCCAAGCGCUGCCGCGUGUGGAAGGCAUGCUGAGAAGGCCGCUGCAGCGAUUGCACUGGAGGCCGGGGGCUAUUUCUUGUGUGUUUCGUGUUGAGCAUGUGGGCGCUGUGGUUGUGUUUCAAUGUGUACACUGGCUACGGGUUGAGGUGGGGAAUGCAGAUGACGUGGUAGGGGUUGCUGUGGAUAGGAUCCAGCAGUGCGGCUCAUGGACACGUCUGGGCGUGUGGUGAAGGGGCAGGCCGCGCCGCUCACGGCUACACGGCGGUUGAUUGCGGCCUGGACUGAUGGUACAACAGAAGAACAUCAGACAGUGAUUGCGUGUUGUGGUGGGCCGGCGGCAUGGACGUAUCUGUGUGCUCGGCCGGGCUCAGCCAUGGCUUCGGCCGUACCUGAAUGCACCGGCGCAGUGGUGCCGGCAGCGGGAAGGCGAUAUUGUAGAGGCAAUGUGCAUACGGUUAUGCUGCGGAGAGAUGUCAGGAUGGCAGGCUGUGUGGGCACUGAGCCUGUAUUGAUGCUCACAGGGCCUGCUGCAGGGAAGGCUGGCGAUAACUAGACAUAGUCACGCGGGUACCACUCUGGUCUUUUGCUGUGUCCAAACUUUGACAGCCUGGUAGACCCAACAGGUAUCAUCUGACAAGACCGCCAGUAGUAUGAGUAGUAUACGGCUACUAUGGUGCGGAGCUACGAGGAGGCGACCUGAAAGGCCGUACGGCUGCAGCCGUGCAUGGGGUGUGCAAUGGGACACGCAAAUAUUUUCGUCGUGAAAACUAAAAGCGUGAUAGCGUGACGGAUAGCAUACGCACAGUGUAUGCAGGUUACGCAAUCGCCACUGUAAAAAGAGUCGGCAUCAAAAAGUUAUGUGCACAAUUGUCCGGGGGGGUGCGUGCUCCAAGCCAAACCCGCACGCUCGGAGGGCUCUGGGAGUCGCCCGAGGCAAAUCCUACCGCAGUAUUUAGACGCCGACUUUUUGCAGGUACAUAACUUACAUCAUUAGUGGACAUUAGCGCUCGGCAGAGGACAAAACAUGUUGGUCAGGGCUCAAGUCGCGAAAUUGACCAGAGCCCAUAUCUCGCAUAGGCGGUAUUUUGGGUCUGUAUCUAGUGCCGUCCACUAAGAUUCACCUAUAUAUGUCAUCCGGACAGCGUAGGGCGAAUUCCAGUAAGUCCUGGCGAGCGCGACAUUUAGCAUUUCGACUUCGGCUCCCGCUCGAGUUUAUGCCCGGAAAUCAUUCAGGGACCUUAUUAUAUGUCACAUGAUAACAUUUCGGCAGUCUAGGGCAUUGGACACACGCAGUCCCUAGGGACUUGCCGGAGUGGUACCCGCGUGGACAUAGUGUUGCGUGGGCGCUUAAGUAAAUUGCAGGGCUGCAGGCCCUUUGUCGUAUUCUGUCUUAGGCGGCCAGCUGGCGUGUCAGGUGUGGUGAACUGGUGACUAGUCAGAGGCCUAGAGCCGAUUGAAUCCGCUUAUUGAGCAUUUGAACUCGCGCGCAUUUGUACGGACUCCUUGCGUUGACGUUAGGCUGAUUCGGGCGUCCAGUUGCACCAUGGCUUGGUGGGCACGGCUUCGUUUGGGUUAAGGCUUGGAGGCGCAGCCCACAGAGAGCAACAGGGGUGCGUGCAUGCAUGCUGAAGCACAUGGAACUGAUCCCAGGUGUCAUGAAAGUCAAGUGCUGCACUCUCCAGUGCCCGACUGCGCUUAUCUGGCAACAGCCGCGGAACCGCCUUUCCAUUGCGACGCGUCCGACAUCACCUUGCCU